UCGGACUUUUACAUGUGGAUUUAUGAAACCGAUUACAAGAUGGCUGGCAUCGUUCAAGAAUUCGACGAAUCAGAGUUACAAAAUGCUGGUUUCAUCUGUCCUAUAUGUCUGGAAAUUUUCACGAAUCCGAUAGUAUUGUCUUGCGGAAAUAGCCACGUGUAUUGUGAGGAAUGUGUAAGACCUUACCAACACAUGGCCGAGCCAGAAUGUCCUCAGUGUCGACAACCGUUCAAUCUGGACCAGGUGUAUCAAGCCAUUGACUUAAUGACUCGACUCUGCUCAGUUGUGUCCAGCUGUAAAUGGUGCAGUCUUAAGCUCACAUUACCAAACCUAAAAUCACAUCUAAAAAUAUGUCCUCGGAGAGAUACAACAAUCCAACAGUUUAAGCCUAUAGGCUGUACCUCACAAGCAAUCCCAAGUGAUUUACCCAAUAGGUUGACCUUCCAGUGUCCUUUGUGUGACCAACAAAAUCUCACCUGUCAGGAUCUUGUAACACAUUGCAAUGAACACCACAAGAAGGUCAAAGCCAGCAUGGUAUGUCCAGUAUGUAAGGCGAUGCCGUGGGGAGACCCUAACCUACAGAGCUCUGAUUUUUUACAGCAUCUAAAUAUCCGGCACAAAUUUGAGUAUGACACAUUUGUGGAUUAUGAGCAAGAUGAUGAAGAAAUGCUGCGGCAAGCUAUCGAGGCUUCGAUGAAGCAGUACUAGAAUAUUAUAGAUAAUAGUAUUUUGGUAGAAAAUUCACUGUCUGUGAUACACUGUAAAUCUCUUACUGUAUAUUAAGUGAUUUACUUUGGUGAUAAUUUGCUUUAACAGCUUUUGUCUUACCAGGUGUCUAAAAAGUUUCAACUUCAUUUGGUUUUCAAGAGUUUGAAAAUAUGAACUAGCUUUGCAAGUAUCCACCUCACAUUUUCAUCCUAGCAAUACCCCAGUAGAUCUAAGUUCAUGUAAUAAAAUAUAUCAUCAUAUAAUUUUUGUGUCAAAUGAAUCAAUAUGAAGGCAUAUAUAGCAGGGCAGAUGGUGUAGAAGGUCAUCUUUUUCGCCAAAACAUAAUUUUAAUGGAAUCUUGGAAACCUACCCUCAAGGAUGACAUUAAAAAAUCUUAAUGAAAACAAGUUACUUCAUUGAAAUAAUAGACUGCUUUGGGUAGGUAGAUUUCUCAAGGCUUACACAAAUGGAGAACAAAACCCAACACAAUUCAGCAUGUAGUGUCUUUUUCCGAAGGACCAUGGUGAGCUUAUGCCAUACUGCAGCGUCCGGCGUCCGGCAACUUUACACUACUAGUCAUGAACCAC